AGUUGGUCUUCCACUAUCCCAUUAUCUCUAAACAAUCACUAAUCGUAAUAAUUACCAACCUUUUUUCUUCAAUAAAAGCACUUAAUCAUUGUAGGCGAAGAUUUGAUGAAAUUGGGCUCCAUUGCUUUCAAGUUGAGACAGCUAUCUCUCCUUCAAAAAUCUUGAAUUUUCGAGGUUUGGUUUCGUGGGUUUUGCUCCAAUAUUAUUGUGCGAAAAUGGGUUGGAAGAUUUCUUUUUGUCCCAACACGAAUUUCCGGACAAUGUUUCAGGUUAGGCCGAGUCAGUUUGAGCUAGAAUGUCGACACACAAUUAGGUCUCACGGGAGGCAGCUUGCUCGAGACCACAGGCAGGACUGGCUGAUUUUGUUGCUACUCGUGGUCAUAGAAAUCGCUCUGAAUGUCAUCAACCCGUUCUAUAGGUUCGUUGGGGAAGGCAUGAUGGAAGAUCUCAUGUAUCCGAUGAAGGAAAACACCGUCCCCCUUUGGGCAGUUCCCCUGUAUGCGGUUUUCCUGCCUAUGACCGUGUUUUUCCUCUACUACCUUCGGAGAAAUGAUGUGUAUGAUCUGCACCAUAGCGUGCUAGGGCUGCUCUUUUCUGUGUUGAUAACGGGAGUUCUCACGGAUGCUAUAAAAGACGCAGUUGGCCGCCCCCGGCCCGACUUUUUCUAUCGUUGCUUUCCUGACGGGCGUGAUGAAUAUGAUCGCUGGGGCAACGUCGUGUGCCAUGGAGAUCCGGCUGACAUAAAAGAAGGGCACAAGAGUUUCCCGAGCGGUCAUACUUCAUGGUCGUUCGCAGGUCUAGGCUUUCUGGCCUUGUACUUGUCAGCGAAGAUCCAAUGCUUUGACCGCAGUGGGCACGUUGCAAAGCUGUGCAUCGUCUUCCUCCCUAUCCUCAUUGCAUGCCUCGUUGCUGUUUCUCGUGUGGACGACUACUGGCACCAUUGGCAAGACGUGUUUGCCGGAGGCAUCCUAGGUCUUGUAGUUGCUACCUUUUGCUACCUGCAGUUUUUCCCACCUCCAUACCAAAAUGAAGGAUGGGGUCCUUACGCAUACUUCCGCGCUGUGGAGGACCUUCGUUCCAAUUCUCUACCCCAAGACACGACGAACAUGCUAGGGACGAACCAAGAACGAGCAUCAACAAGUGUCGUAGGCUCGAAUCUUGAUUCAGCCUUUGAUGCCAUGGAGUCAGGAAGAAAAUAGAACUACUUGAUCAACUCUUGUGGCUAGGUACAAAAAUCACUAGUUAUUUUGUGUAGGUUGGUUUUCCAUUUCUUCGUUAUACUAAUUUGUAAAUAAGUGGUUUUAAACUAAAAGCGUGCUUUUGUUGAUCUA